AUGGCGUUCUCCAUGCGGCGAAUUGCUCUUUGCCCUCUAAAUGUUUCUUAGCAAAUCGAGAAUAUGUAAAAUGUAAAUAAUGUGUACAUUCGUUACUAGUAAAAACAAAACAUCAUAGUGAUUUCUUUUAGAAAAGAACUCGUACUGAAUCCACAUCCCCCAAGAUGAAUUUCAUCCGUGGUGGCGUCUGGACGAUAAGAGCAUCGUCUGCUAAAUAUCGUCUUAUCAGCUCGCUGACAGCAAGUUUUCAUCUUCCGAGGGCAGUUAGCAGCAAGGGAAUCCUGAAGACCUGUGUCAAGUGUGCUGCAAGGCUUUCAAGCAAAUCUUACCAUGUAUCCCAAAUCAAAAGCAAUGGAAGCUGGGCUGUGUACUUGAGAAAUCUCUCCCUACGUUCCACGCCUAAAACAAUUAAAUUAUGUGGAGGACUGAGUAUACCUUGUGUAGGUGUGAUAGGAACUAGUUUAGCAUGGUAUCAUCAUCAUGGAAGCCGUGUCCACUGUAAACAGAAGCACCAAAGAAACAGGCUGGUGGGAACCAACAAAGAUGACUCGGCGCCAGACCCAAGUUUUGAUUACAAAGGUCUGUGGAAGCUUUUGCUUCCGGAGAUAUGGUACCUGAUUGCAGCAGUGGCGAGUGCCCUCGCAGUAGCUGUCGUAAACAUCAACAUUCCCUUGAUGCUGGGUGACCUUGUGAACGUGGUGUCAAAAUUCACGACAGACACGGCAGCCAGCUUCUUUGACGACAUCAAAAAGCCAGCAAUGAAGCUACUGGGAAUCUAUUGCUUGCAGGGUUUGCUGACAUUUGGGUACAUCUCUCUUUUGUCUGCGGUCGGGGAGAAUGUUGCCACCAGGAUGAAAAUACAGUUGUUUGAAUCUCUGCUCAGUCAGGACAUUGAGUUUUACGACAGGCACAAGACUGGGGAGCUGAUCGACAGACUCACGACUGAUAUUCAAGAGUUCAAAAGCUCAUUCAAGUUGUGUAUUUCUCAAGUGGUUAAAGCAUUCACCCAGACCGUUGGUUGUGUAGCGAGUCUACUCAUGAUCUCACCAAAGCUAACCGGCAUUAUGCUGAUAGUUGUCCCAGCAAUCAUCUCUGCAGGAACAGCACUUGGGUCCAAUCUUCGGUCAUUGUCAAGAAAAGCUCAGCAACAGGUAUCUCAAGCAACUGCUGUUGCAGAUGAGGCCAUAGGAAACGUUCAAGACACAGUCGCAGCCUUUGCUAUGGAAUCAAAGGAAAAUGAGUUGUACAGUCAACAGGUGGAGAAGGCAUGUCAACUCAACAUACAGCUGGGUUUCGGAAUCGGCAUGUUCCAGGGCCUGGCUAAUGCUGCUCUCAAUGGUGUUGUUCUGGGGACCAUGUUCGCUGGUGGUUGGAUGAUGUCUGUCCAUGAGCUGAAUGCUGGAGAUCUCAUGUCUUUCCUGGUGGCCACCCAGACCAUUGAGAGGUCUCUCGCACAGAUGUCCCUCCUGUUUGGUCAGAUUGUGAAGGGAGUGAGCGUAGGAGCCAGAGUCUUUGAGUUCAUAAACCAUGAAGCCAAGAUCCCACUCCAUGGUGGCAAGAAAAUUCCUUUUCAUGCCCUGAUGGGCAACUUGGAGUUUCGGAAUGUCGGAUUCUCGUACCCAACCCGAGCUGAACAGGAAGUGCUGCAUAACUUCAACCUGAAGAUACAAGGGGGAACAGUUGUUGCUCUGGUCGGAUUGUCAGGAGGAGGAAAAUCUACAGUGGCUGCCCUAUUGGAGAGGUUCUAUGAUGUGACCAAAGGGGAGAUAACUCUAGACGGAGUCAACAUACAAGAUCUGGAUCCAACAUGGCUUAGAGGAAGAGCAUUGGGAUAUAUCAACCAGGAACCGAUAUUGUUUGCUACGUCUGUGAUGGAGAAUAUCCGAUAUGGACGGCCUGAUGCAAGUGACCAAGAGGUGAUUGAGGCUGCUAAACAGGCCAACGCCCACAACUUUAUCUCCAAGUUUCCUGAGGGUUACAGAACCGUACUUGGAGAGAGGGGCGUGACAGUUUCUGGAGGACAGAAACAGAGAAUAGCUAUAGCCCGAGCUCUCAUCAAGAACCCUUCUGUGCUCAUACUGGAUGAGGCAACGAGUGCUCUUGAUGCUGAAUCUGAGAGAGUUGUGCAGGAAGCUUUGGAUAAAGUCAUUAAAGGCCGAACAGUGUUGGUGAUUGCUCAUAGGCUCAGCACAAUAAGAGAUGCUGAUGUCAUAGCAGUUGUUUCACAUGGAAAGAUAGUUGAGAUGGGCUCACACAGCAAGCUGAAAGAGAAGAAAGGACUCUACUGGGAGCUGAUUAGGCAGCAGGAGAUGGAAGAAGAGUUAGAACAUCGACAACAGACCGGAUAAUCAAUCACACAACAGCUCAUAGUCUGUUUGCAGUGAAAACGUACCGAUGAAUUUGACUUUAAACAAAAAAGUUAAUCGAGGGUAUGCACAUAAAAUGAAACACCGAGAACAAGUCGGGUUGGUCAAAGUUAACGUUCAUCACGUACCACACAUACAUUUGUUUCACUGUUCCAACUACUACGUUUACCCCCUUGUAAUACAAUCCAAUAAUAGCGAAUUGAACGUAUGAUCAUUUGUUAAGCAACUUUUAUCCUAAGAUGAAUAAAAUUCUGAGAUUGAAAUGUUCAGUUGGCAAGCUAAACUUAUGAGGAUUUGCAAUCUUAAUUUCACUUUAUUUGAUUUACUUUUUUGUUUAAAGUGAAAUUCAUCGGUACGUUUUCACUGCAAACAUACUAUAGCCUCUUGUGUGUUUCUUGUAGGACUGGCUAUUGAAAUAAGUCUUGGCGAUUUGUAAUCAUUAAGUAAAAAUCGAUUGAUUAUCAAUAAAUAUCAGAGUCAAAACUUCGAGCAAACAUGUCAGAAAGAAGUUAUUAUAUUUGACAUCACUGCUGUGUGGUGACAUGUUUUUGCACAGAUUAUUAAUAAAUCAGCGUCCUGAACGUAAGCUAGAAGCAAACCAUGAAUAAAGUCCUACAUUUGUAUAUAAUGCGUGAAUUUAAUGUACGAUAUUACCAAUUCUAAGAUGCCUAUAGGUUAGAACAAUCGAAAAAAAAUACAUUAUCAG